AACGUCUUGUCGCGCAUGCGCAUUGCAAACAGGAACUUGGGCUCUGUUGACAAAUAUCGGGGGAGGGACCACUGCGGCUCUGGCUGUGGGUCUCUUCGUCCACGACGGUCGGCAGCGAUGAAGAGCCAACAGAAGAGCCCCGAGUCAGAUGGCAGUGUUGCUGUCAACGAGGAAGGCUCCGUGGCCACGGCCGAGGACCCGGCAGCCAUCGCCGCCAUCCAGUCUGCCGCCACCUACACGGACCAACCCAUCAAGUACCUCUUCAAGACGGAGGGGGCCGGCGGCCAGGUGACCUACAGAGUGAUCCAGGUGUCCGAUGGGCAGCUGGAGGGGCAGACGGACGGGGGCGCCGCCGUCAGCCUGGUCUCGGGUUUCCCAACAACCAACCCGAACAUUACCCAGGCCGUGUUCUCUCAGCCCGACGGGACGGAGGGCGACGGCGCCGCCGAGACGCAGUACACGUACUACCCCGCCACCAUCGCCGACGCCACCACGGGCGCCAUGGUGACCACGGUGCAGGCCUCUGACUCGCUGCUGGGGCAGACCACGCCCACCGGGCAGGUCUACGUGAUGAUGUCCCCCCAGGACGUCCUGAACGGGUGCAACCAGAGGACGAUCGCCCCUCGCUCUCAGCCUUACAACGCGAAGCAGGAGGCUCCUCGCGGCUCCCGAGACGACAAGCGGCGCGCGCAGCACAACGAAGUUGAGCGGCGGCGCCGAGACAAAAUCAACAACUGGAUCGUGCAGCUGUCGAAGGUCAUCCCGGACUGCAACAUCGACUACACCAAGACGGGACAGGUGAGCUCAGAGAGCAAGGACUCGCUCACACAGAGUAAAGGAGGAAUCUUGUCCAAAGCCUGCGAGUACAUCAAGGAGCUCCGGCAGAGCAACCUGAAGCUGGGAGACGACAUCGGCUCUCUGGACCGCCUCCGGGUGGACAACCAGCUGCUCCGCCAGGAGGUGGAAGACUGGAAGUCCAAGAACCAGAUCCUGAGGAACCUGCUGCGACAGCACGGCAUCGUGGGCUCCUCCAGCACGGAGCCCCAGUGAGGGGCCGGGACCCCCGAAACACAUCCAGGCGUCUUCGACUCGUCGCACAACCGUCAAUCUGAUCUCUGGAGCUUUUUGCUAAAUCUGUUCUCGGGUCAAUAAAACCCGAUCAUGAUAACCCGAUAGAGAGGUGAGAUGUUUAUCGCUCUCAUCCUCAUGUUAACCUUCUUCUCUGUAGAAACGUUUGUGUCCAUGCUUCGGCUCGUCGGGGCCGACGUCCUUUCCUGCUCUUUAUUUUCUGCCUUGUAUUUGUUUUUGUACGUUUCAUGGGUUGAAUGCUCAUUACAUUGCAACAAUGUAACUCACUUAAUAAGCGGGGGUAGUGUAUAAGCAUUGCAUUGUAGGUAGGCUAUGUAUGUCUUUAUAAUAAACAAAUAAAAAACAGGAAA